CGCGCACCCCCACUUCCGGGUCGUGCCCGCUUCGGAGCACACCGGGAAAUGUAGUCUUGCUCAACUCUCAGCAGACAGAUAAUCAGGCAUCUAGGACUCCCUUUCCCGGCAGGCUCACGGCCAAGGUCCGCCAAGGCCUCUGUGCGCGGGGCCUUGCGGGAUAGAGAGGGCUGGGGCGGGUGUACGUCUGAGUUACAGGGGAUGGGAACUACAACUCCCAGAAGGCUGCACGGUUGAGAGCCCCGGGCGGCCUUCUGAGGGGCUCAGCUAACUCCAGCGCGGUGGGGUCUUUCCGGACCCGUUGUAGUUGUCCUGGCCUGGCGGGAGGGGCGGCCCGGUAGGGGUUGUGCCUCCCGGAGCCGCCCCGGGACGUCAGUCCUGGAGGAGGCGAGGGUUGCUCCAGCUCUUGAAAAGACUAUGAACAGGUCAGAGAACUUGCUGUUUACUGGGUCUUCAUUAGCAUCGCAGGUUCAUGCUGCUGCUGUUAAUGGAGAUAAGGGUGCUCUUCACAGGCUCAUCAUAGGAAACUCUGCUCUUAAAGACAAAGAAGAUCAAUUUGGGAGAACACCACUUAUGUAUUGUGUGUUGGCUGACAGAUUGGAUUGUGCAGAUGCUCUCCUGAAGGCAGGAGCAGAUGUUAAUAAAACUGAUCAUAGCCAGAGAACAGCCCUCCAUCUUGCAGCUCAAAAGGGAAAUUAUCGUUUCAUGAAGCUCUUACUCACACGCAGAGCAAACUGGAUGCAAAAGGAUCUAGAAGAGAUGACUCCUUUGCACUUGACUACCCGACACAAGAGCCCCAAGUGUUUGGCACUUCUGCUGAAGUUUAUGGCACCAGGAGAAGUGGAUACACAGGAUAAAAACAAGCAAACAGCUCUGCAUUGGAGUGCCUACUACAAUAACCCUGAGCAUGUAAAGCUGCUUAUCAAGCAUGAUUCCAACAUUGGAAUUCCUGAUGUCGAAGGCAAGAUUCCACUUCACUGGGCAGCCAAUCACAAAGAUCCAAGCGCUGUUCAUACAGUGAGAUGCAUCCUGGAUGCUGCUCCUACGGAGUCUUUACUGAACUGGCAAGACUAUGAGGGUCGAACACCUCUUCACUUUGCAGUCGCCGAUGGGAAUGUGACAGUGGUUGAUGUCUUGACCUCCUAUGAAAGCUGCAAUAUAACGUCUUAUGAUAACUUAUUUAGAACCCCACUUCACUGGGCAGCUUUACUAGGUCAUGCACAGAUUGUCCAUCUCCUUUUAGAAAGAAACAAGUCUGGAACCAUUCCAUCUGACAGCCAAGGAGCAACACCCUUGCACUAUGCAGCUCAAAGUAAUUUUGCUGAAACAGUUAACGUGUUUUUAAAGCAUCCUUCAGUGAAGGAUGAUUCAGACCUGGAAGGAAGAACAUCCUUUAUGUGGGCUGCUGGGAAGGGCAGUGAUGAUGUCCUUCGGACUAUGCUGAGUUUGAAAUCUGACAUCGAUAUUAACAUGGCAGACAAAUACGGAGGUACAGCUUUGCAUGCUGCUGCCCUUUCUGGCCAUGUAAGUACCGUGAAGCUAUUACUGGAAAACAGUGCUCAAGUAGAUGCUACUGAUGUCAUGAAACAUACUCCACUUUUCCGAGCCUGCGAGAUGGGACACAAAGAAGUGAUUCAGACACUUAUUAAAGGUGGAGCAAGGGUAGAUCUAGUUGACCAAGAUGGACAUUCUCUUCUACAUUGGGCAGCACUGGGAGGAAACGCCGACGUUUGCCAGAUAUUGAUAGAAAAUAAAAUCAAUCCAAAUGUGCAAGAUUAUGCAGGAAGAACCCCCUUGCAGUGUGCUGCAUAUGGGGGCUAUAUCAACUGCAUGGCAGUACUCAUGGAAAAUAAUGCAGACCCUAACAUUCAAGACAAAGAGGGAAGAACAGCUUUGCAUUGGUCCUGUAACAAUGGAUAUCUUGAUGCCAUCAAAUUAUUACUAGAUUUUGCUGCUUUCCCUAAUCAGAUGGAAAACAAUGAAGAGAGAUACACACCCCUUGACUAUGCUUUGCUUGGUGAGCGCCAUGAAGUGAUCCAGUUCAUGUUGGAGCAUGGUGCCCUGUCUAUUGCUGCUAUCCAAGACAUUGCUGCCUUCAAAAUCCAGGCUGUCUACAAAGGGUACAAGGUCAGAAAAGCUUUCCGAGACCGGAAAAAUCUCCUCAUGAAGCAUGAACAGUUGAGAAAAGAUGCUGCCGCCAAGAAGCGGGAGGAAGAAAGCAAGCGAAAAGAGGCAGAACAGCAGAAGGGAAGGCUGAGCCCUGAUUCCUGCAGACCCCAGCCCCUUGCCUAUCCACCCAGCAUCCAGGACCAGCCCAGCAGGGAGAGCUGGGCCCCUGGCAAACAGCCUCCCACCAGUAACACAACCCAGGGCUCUGAGCAGAGAGACUAUCAGGGGUCUCUAGGAGAGUCUCCAGACAGAGCCCCUCAGAAGGAGCAGCAUGUUUCCUCAGACCUGCAGGACACAGACUCCAGAAAGCCAAACGAAACAUCUAGAGAACAUUCUAAAAGCCGAUCUGCCUGUGUCCACUUCAACCCCAGUGAAGGCAAUGAUGGAAUCAGGUGUCUAGAAGUCUCCUCUACUGAGAAGCCCAGAGGCCAGACAGUUGGUGAGCAGCAGUGUGAAAAGGGAAAAGGCUUCUUCAAGCAGCCCCCCUGCAUCAGGGAGGUGGGGCCCGGUGAGAAAGGAGAGGAUCCCACUCGAGCAGCUGCGAGCCUUCCACAGCAGGACCGCCACGGGAAGCCCAGCAGGCGGCGUGACACAGUGCCCAAGGCCAAGUAUGCCCCCCAGAAAAUGCGUGUUCAAGAGCUCAAAGGAGGAAGGUGCUCCCCGGCUGGUUCUAGCCGGCCUGGCAGUGCCAAGGGGGAGGUGCUCCACGCUGGGCAGAAUCCUCUCCAACUUCGAGCACCGAGAAACAAAGUGACACAGGACAAGCUUACAGAAGGGGUGUACUCAGAUUUGCCACAGAGCACAGAGGUGGUGAGAUCAGGGCCCAGGAAGUUGGGGACAUCCACAGUGUCCAAGGAGACUGAUCCAUCACCUGGUCCCCUCUCUGGACAGAGUGUGAAUAUUGACCUUCUCCCCGUAGAGCUCCGGCUGCAGAUAAUCCAGAAAGAAAGAAGCAGGAAAGAGCUAUUUCGCAGAAAGAACAAGGCAGCAGCAGUCAUCCAGCGUGCCUGGAGAAGCUAUCAGCUCAAGAAGCACCUUUCCCACCUUAUACAUAUGAAGCAGCUUGGAGCAGGAGAUGUGGACAGAUGGAACCGAGAGUGUGCGGCCUUGCUCCUUAAAGUUUGGCGGAAAGAACUGGAAUUAAAGCCCCCAAAGACUACUGCAGCAGGCAGGACCACCAAGAGUCCAUCCAAAGGCAGCUCAGGCAUCAAGUCCACCAAGCACUCAGUGCUCAAGCAAAUCUACGGUUGCUCUCAAGAAGGUAAAGUCCAUCAUCCCACAAGAUCUCCAAAAGCCCCUUCUGUGCUGCGUCUCAAUUCAGUGAGCAGCCUGCAGUGCAUACACCUCCAUGAGAACAGUGGACGAUCAAAGAACUUUUCUUAUAACCUGCAAUCAGCUAUUCAAUCAAAAAGCAAAACAAAGCUUCGAGUGCCUGUUUCAGAAGACUGUGUUCGAGGGAGCUGGAAUAGCUAGUACAGAGUUCUAAUUCUCUGCUUGGGAAAAUUUUCACAUCAAUGCCUGAAGCCUUAUUAGCCUGAAAAUGUGGUAGUAACUGAAAAAAUGUCAGAGUAAGUUUUUUUUCCACUCUUACACAGCACUGUUUCGUAAAUCACCUUAGCCUGCACUCCAGGAGAGUAGCUGUCUGCUUUCGUGUCAGUCAGUAUCCUGGAAAUGAGAACUAAUAAUUAACAGUAAAAUCUAAACAAAACGGGGGUGCUGGGUUAGGAUUUUUGCCAGCUAGCCAGCACAGGCUGGUUUCUUGCUUCAAGUGAAGAACCUCAUUGAGAUGGGAAGGAACCAAUCUCAUAGUAGUCUUCAUUUCACUAUUAGUUCUAGAAUUUAAUGCAGCAAAUUUCAUCACAGACAGCACAUCUUCACUGUUACUCCAUUAUCAGUUUUACAUUUCAGACCAGAAUCAUGACUCAGUAUUGCUUUCAGAAACUGGCCAUAGGACCCAUAGGUACGCUCUGUUGAUUCCUGACAUUUUGCAGUUCCCAUAUUAGCUCUGCCACAUACUGUCUGUAUGGUUUUCUCACCAGCAUCACAGUAGCCAGGAAUCAGUCAGGUUGAGUUUAUAGGCCAGACCAUUCAUGCAGCAAGGAACCUAUUCAGGCCUCAGCAUUCCACUUGUAUUUUCUAGAGGCGAGCAGUCUUAUCAAAAUGCCAUUCCUAUUGGCAAGAAAAACUGUGCUGACUGUGCACAUUCUAGCUGUCUUAUGAACAGCUGGUUAAAAUAAAAUUCAGUGAUUGGUCAUCUGGGUUUUUUUCACACUUUUAAGAGAAAGGCUGCUGCGGGCAUGCAGACAGGAGGCAGAGUGACAUAUCAGGCUCACAGUAUCUGAAGGUCUGCUUCCAUUUUCUUAAGAUCAGUGACACUUCCGUGCUGACAAUAAGAGAUAGGAAGCAAUAAAGUGUUAAUUUAAUUAUCUUAAUUUUUAUAGUUUGCUACUUAAAUUGUUACAUUCAUUAUUUUCAUAAUUAUGAAGUAUUGUAAAAUCACUAUAUAUGACAGGUAACUUUUUAAAACUAUAAUGGAUCUUUAGUAGAAAAUUAUUUUGAAAGUCUACUUACCCAGAUUAAACCAAACACCAUUCAGAUACAGGAAAAUCCAAACCAACUACAACACUGUCUUAAAAUCUUGCCCCUGCAUGGAGGGCUAGAAAAUUCUAGAUAACAGAACUCCACGGUGAGGAGCUGAAUGUCUCGAUGGAUAAGGGCAAAAGCCUCAAACAAACAAAAAACUCGUUUCUGUUGUUAUCUGAGUAAAGUGGAACUGAGAACACAACAAAUAGGGUUUGCCUAGAUGGGAGGCAAAGAUUUAGCUAAUUUCUUGGUAAAUAAUAGAAGGCACCACAUUACUACUAUUUGUUAUAUUCAGCUCCUAGGAAAUGCAAAAUACACUACCAACUGUAAUCAUGUAUCAUGUGCUCCUCUAGGUCAGCCUGCCCACUAGUGGGAAAUCCCAAGUAUUAUUUUCCCACUUCAGUAUAUAAAGGAAGGUUCAUAAACAACUUCUUUAAAAGUUCAGCUUUAAUGACAAACAUUCACUCCAUCAGUUGCUCUUCAAAAUUAGAUAGAUAUGAAUAAACAAUUGCAAACAGGAGGUACCAUGGUGUCUCUUCAAUAUACUGUACUCAAUGCACCAGGCCCCUGGGGGUGUCCGGUGAGGUACACAUUGAAGCAGUAAUGUAAAUCUGUGAGCCACUGUUCCUGAACACCUCCGCUCUUCAAUGUCUGAAGAGAAAAACAAGAGUAAUUUGAGAACUGUACCAACAUCACUGCACUUAUAUGACAGUAUUUUUAUACCCAAACAUGAUCUCUCAGAGCCUUCCCCAGCAACACCUCCAUCUAUAAAUCAUCCCAGGGAGUAUUCUUGGAAAAAGGAACCUAUUAAUUGGGCAUUACCACCGGCAGUGAAAAUUCCUAGUUAUAUCCUCAAGUACAAGUGUACCAGCUUCUUCCCUCCCCCAUAUCCUAGGGACUAAUGGAAUUUCAUCAUCAAGCAUCUUUAAACCUUCAACCUCCAUCCCUUGGCAUUCUAGAAUCUCAAGAUCUUUGUGAAAUCCAGAGUUGCCCUAGUAUCUACAAGGCCAAGUGACAAUUUGUCGAUUUCUUCCUUAUAGUCCAAUCUGGGAAUAAUCCAAGAUCUUGCCUUUCUUCUAUUAUUUCUGAAUUAUCCCACUGCCUCUUCCAUUUCUUCAAAGGCUACUGAGAAAAUUCAGAAUGAGCACCUGUGUUGUAUACAUGUAAAAGCUGUUACUCCAGAGUAUUGCUACAUACCCCUAUCAAUAAACCCCCCAACACCUAUACAAAAAUCCCCUCUUUAACCCUCCAAAACCAAAAGCACUGAAAAAACUGUAGAUAAGAGAGCUGCCAACCCCACCACACCCAGACCUGAAGGCAGAUGGCAAACCAUUAGACAAAUCUGAAGUCUGCAGCUUCCUUCUUCCUCUUACUCUCAACUGACCAGAAACUGACCUAAAGUUUACUCCUGCUCAAUAGUUUCCUUAUGACAGUGAACAUUUAUUGGGCACUUAAUAAAUGCCAGGCACGCCAAAAACUUUACUUGGAUAAGCUCAUUUAAUGUUCAUAAAACCCAAUGAAAAUGGCAUUACUCCUAUUUUUACAGAUAGGAAAACAAGCUCAGAUAGGUAAAAGAACUUGCCAAACUAUCAUAGUUAAUCCAUAGAGUUUUUAUCAGAAUCCAGGUAGGAGUCCCUCUGAUGCCUCUAUCUUUUUGGGAACUAACUAAGCUGCUUGCCACCUUAAUUCAGUAUUUGUUUUUUGGAGCUUUUAUUGCUGAUUCUGCAAUCAAAGACAUUCCCCCUAGUUAUAUGACCAUCAGAAUACAGGGUGGCAGGGGAAACCAUGAAAAACCAUCACACUGGGCUGGAUUCCAGGAAGUCAGUCAAUGUUCAGGAAUCUGACCCUCCCAACAGCACUAAGGCCAAUGGUACCUUGUCUCUUACCGUAAUAUUCCUGAUGAUCUGCUGCACCAAGAUGGCAUUGGUCAACAUAUGAGUCCUGAGAGGUGCGUGCUGGAGCAGCAGGCGAAGCAGCUGGCCCACAACAGGCAGCUCCUCAGGCCCCGCUCUGUUCACCCGCAGGCUCUGCAGCAUCAACCUGAGAACUCGAGGCAGGACAGCCAGGAUGGAGACACAGGCCCCCCACAGUUUGUCCCUACAAUACCAGAGAUGGAAGAGUCAGUGAGCCCAGCAUAGGCAGGCAAAGUGCCCUUUCCUCCCCAUAUCCCAAAACUGAAAAUGUCCAAAGAAAUAUGGUGUUUUAAAAUACCAUGAAACACAACUAAUAAGAACUGGGUUUCAUCAGAACUAAAUAAACAAAUCCACUGAAAUUUUUUCAUGGCCAACUUCCCCUAUUCUAUGGGUUCUAGGAAGCCUAGCAAGCAGCACCUUCCCAGGCUCAGCAAGACAUUCCUGAAGCCCUAGUGAUCAUACGUAACACAGAAUUAGUCAAAGGAUAGAAUGAUCUACAUGUGCGUAUCCUCUGCUAUCCAUCACUGGACAUUAUUCAACUGUCUACUAUGUAACGCCAAAGACAUUGGCAGAGUAAGAAUAUCCUCCUGGUAAAAAAAGGAAGGAAAAAAAAAUCAUGAAACUCUAAGCCUAUGAACUUCUGAGACUCUUCAAUUUCUCAGAACAGGGCAGAUUUGCAGGGACAGAUGUGUUCACCAAGAGCCUAAAUGGUUUUUAGAAAGUAGUAAGGUACCAUCCCUAUGACUAAGGUCAUGGAAGUCCAGGGACAGUAAAUCCAAACUUUGGUAACCAGCAUUCUCUUGGUACUUUCAUAGAACAGGUGCAAAAGUGCAUAUGGUAGAAACAGGUGGAUUUGUAUCUGACCUAAUCACAUUCUAGAAGAGUGUCAAUUAAGCGAAAAAAUAUCCAUCUGAAGAGUGUCUGUGUCAUGUUAGUCUGUUCAGGUUUCUGUACCAGGAGUGUAUAAUCCUCCUAGACCCUAAAUCUUUCUAUAAGAAAUCUGUCUACCUCCAGAUCUAGAGGAAGCAGCUAUUCCACUAUGUGCCCACCCCCCACCACCACAUAUAGCAACUGCAUCAAAGGUGGACACUGAAUCCAUUCCAAACCAAUCAAAUUCUCGUAUCUCAGUCUCUUGACUGAUGCAAAGCCAGGCUAGGGUAGCUAUGUGCAAGGGGAGGAGAGAAAGCCAGACUGUAGACACAGCCAAUAAUGAGGCAAACACGCAGAUACAAGACUAUGAAAUCCAGGAGAGAAAAAGAAUGAAGAAAUAACAGCUCCAGUUCCUGUUGGCUUUGAUUCCUAAUUCCAGUUCUUAAUGAAGCCCAGCCACAUUCUUAGCUCUUGCAUUUUACAAGUUACUCUUAUAAUAGUCCAAGAUAUUAAUUUUCUACUUCAGUUAAUUUGAGUAGAUUUCAAGUAAUUCUUGACCAGAACUUUUAAAAGACCUACUGGUUUCUCCAUAGGCACAUCCAAGCUCCCUGAGGGACCGAACUGCUGGGCUGAGGGCUGUGGGGGACCCACGGUCUCGGGGAAUAUCUAGCUCAAUUGGCAUAACAGAGUUUAUAAAGAAAAUGUUCUACAUUUUACUCUGGUGAGUAGCGCCUGGGGUCUUAAAAACCUGUAAGCAGUCAUCUAAGAUACUCCCCUGGCCUCGCCCCUUUGGGAGCAAAGAAGAACGAAGAAAACUAAAGACACAAGGGAAAGAUUAUUCCAAAGGACUAAUGGACCACAUAUACCACGGCCACCACCAGACUCAGUCUAGUACAACUAGAUGAUGCCUGGCUACCACCACUGCUUGCUCUGACAGGGAUCACAAUAGAGGGUCCCAGACAGAGCUGAAAAAAAUGUAGAACAAAAUUCUAACUCAAAAAGAAAGACCACACUUGCUAGCCUGACAGAAACUGGAGAAACCCUGAGAGUAUAGCUACUGAACACUCUUUCAGCUCAGUAAUGAGGUCACUCCUGAGGUUCACCCUUCAGCCAAAGAUUGAACAGGCCCAUGGAACAAAACAAGACUAAAGGGGUGUACCAGCCCUGGUACAGGGACUGGAAGGCAGGAGGGAACAGUAAAGCGGGUAAUAGGGAACCCAGGGUUGAGAAGGGAGAGUGUUGAUAUGUCGUGGGGUGGUUAUCCAGUGUCAUACAACAAUGAAUGUACUAACUGUCUGAUGAGAAACUAGUUCUGUAAACCUUCAUCUGAAGUUCAAUUAAAAUAAAAAGAGCUACUGGUUUCUAUCUCAUCAAAUAUAAAGCUUAGAAUUCCAUUCUUCAAACACCUCAAUUAAAGAAAACUGUCAACCCAAAGAGAAACAAAGAGAAGAGAUAGCAGUGCCAAGAGACGGAAGCAAUGCCAUAUGAAGAAAGUAACAGCCAUUCUUGGGUUCUUCUAAGAAUUGUUAUUUAUAAGAAAAUUUUUACUUAUUCUAUAAAGUGUAUAAAGGACAGAGCUGGAAGCAAAUGAAGCUGAGAUGUCAGCUUAAUGUAAAGCAACAGUUCUAAACCUUUUUAAAGGCAUAUGCCACUUUAAAGAAACUGUUUAAAGUUCAAUAUUUUGCAUACAAUUUUCCAAGGCGUUCAGAUAACCGUCCAUCAACUAGUGACAUCUUUUGGUCAAAGAAUACCAUUCUCCCCUUCUACUCCAAACACAAAGAAAUACAGAUAAAAUACAUUAAAAAAAAAAAAAAAAACUUCAAAGCCAGAAUGGCUAGAACCUCUAGGUACCAAACUAUGACAGAACUCACAUGAGUAAACCUAACAGGGGUACUAAACUCGAUGUAGGUUUUUAGGGCUGGGGUUUUAAAGUGUUGGAAGUUGAGGCUUCAAGCCCCAUGCAUGGGGACCAGGGAGCUAGAACUGAGCUCCCUGCAUAUGGCUUGAAGCCAGGAAAAUGUAGAUGUGAAACUGUUCCACAGGGAAUCUCCACAUACCUCCAUAGAAUUCCCACAAAAGACACACUCAGAGAAAAGUUAUACAACCCAAUGAAAGACAAUCCCCAGAGACCCACCUGCUCCACAAAAUAAGACAGAAUUCCCACACCAGAGAAAAGUGCUAAUAGAACAAAUUGACAGGAAGUUUAAAGUAACACCAAUAAAUCAAGAACAAAAAUGACAGCCAAGUAAAAAUCCAACAUAGAUAAAGGUAAAAAAUAACACCAUGGUUAUGAAAUAAAAACUCAAUAGGCAUUAAAUAAACAAAACUAGUAAACUGGAGAUGUUAAGAAAUAGGACAGAAUGAGAAGUUCCAUAUGGUUAAAAAAAAUUUUAGAAGGAGAAAACAGAAAUAAUGGAGGAGAUACUAGUAAGUUAAUAACUUAAUAAAUAAUAACUGAGACCUUCCCAGACCUGAAGAAAAAAAUAUUAACUCCUCAGAAAAAGGCACACACUAAAUUUCAAGCAGGAUAAAUAAUAAGUCUAUAGUAAAAUAGAUCCUGAUUGCAACAAACCAAACAUAAAGAACAAACAGUAAAAACAGAAUAGAUUACUACCUUCAAACCAAAAGGGCUCAGGUGAACAGCAGACUUUAUUACCAACAAUGAGCCCAGAAGACAAUGGAACACUAUGUUCAGGGUACGGGGGAAACCUAAUGUUUAGGCCAGCAUUUGUAAAAUAAAAAGGCUCUUGGUAGUCUGACUGGCAUUUUCAUUAUAUGUAAUCUCACAAACACCUCCAGUGGGGGAUGGCAUAGCGCAAAAAAAGAAUUUUAAGUAUCCAAGACCCUCCUUGUGAUUGUCAUCUCAAGAUACACAGGGUCCAGGCCAUAUCAACACUUUCAGUAUCCUCUUUAAAACUAGACAUUUUAAACAAACAAGUAUUACAUACACUAAAUUUUAUCCAGUCCAGCCACAUAAAGUCAAAGUAGGAUGUUCCUCUAUAAGAAACCACAAAAGAUUUUUGAAACUUCUCGUGGAAAUGUUUAAUAAAGGGGCUAUAUUUCAAGACAGAAAAUGACAGACAGCAAUAAUACCCAUUUCAUAAAUAGGAAUGGUUAUUCUAAAAUCCUUUUUUCUUAGGUCCCCUGAAAACUUGCUUCCUGUUUAUAAAGCCUUUUCCUGACCUAUAGAACUAAAGUUUGAUGUUGCGUAAGCAAAAUACCAUCAAAUCUACAGUUUAUUUACAUGUGAAUUUUAUCAUGUAUUUACAGUGAAAUAGACAAAAUUUAAAACAUAUAGUUACUUGAAAAAAUUCAAAUGUCUGUUGACAGUAAAAUGGGUGAGUUGUGGUAUAAUCAAAUAACAGAAUACAGCAAGGGUCAGUAAACUGGCUGGAAAGCCAAAUCCAGCCCAUAGCCUGCUUGUGUAAAUAAAAUUUUACUGGAACACAGCCAUACUCAUUCAUUUACCUAUUGUCCAUGGCUACUUUCACACUACCAUGGCAGUGCUGAACAGCUGUGACAGAGACCAUAUGGCCCAAACCAAAAACCAACUGCCACAGGGUCAAUUCCAAUUCAUAGUGACUCUAUAUGAUACAGUCAGUAGACUUGCCCCAUAGGGUUUCCAAUGGCUAUAAAUCUUUAUGUAAGCAGACUACCACAUCUUUCUCCCACAAAACCUAAAAUCUUUACUACCUAGUCCUUUACAAAAAGACUUCUGCUGACCCCUGCUAUAGAGAAAGGAAAAUGAAUGAAAUACAGGCAGUCCCUGGGUUAUGAACGAGAUCCAUUCCUAAGUCUGUCUUUAAGUCCAAUUUGUAGGUAAGUUACAACGGGUACAUGGAGUUAUUAUUUGGCAUCAGUUAGUCAAAUGUUUGUCUCAGUAUACAGUAUAUAUUUAACCUUUCUAUGUAUAUAAACACUUAGGAAACACUCCCAAAAUGUGCAAUGUAUUUAUGAACAUUACAAGUAGUGCAUGCAUUCAUUAUUAUAAACCACUGUAUGUGUUUAACUCAGAUUUUUAAUAUAAUAAGCUUUAUGGCAGUCCAUUCUUAUGUACAAGUUGUCUAUAAGUUGGAUGUUCUUAACCUGGGAACUGCCUGUACAAUUAAAUGACUCAACAUGGAUGAAUCUCACGAAUGACGCUGAAAGAAUUAAGUCACAAAAAAUACAUACAGCAUGAUUUCUUUUAUAUAAAAUUUACAACAUGCAAAGCAAAAAUUGUAUCAUUUAGAAAUGCAAUCAGCAAGGAAGUGAUUAACAGAAAAGUGAUUAUUUGUGCAAGUGCAGAAAAGAAACCUGACCAUGGAGGAUACGUGAAGAGAGUGUGCUCAUGUUAUUAAUUCUUAACCUGGGUAUUGGCUAACUGAUGUUCGGUUUAGAAUUGCUCUUUAAACUAUGUAAGUGUUUUCUUACAAUGAGUAUGUAUUAUAUAUUUUCAUGACAUUUAAAAGCUUAAAAAAGACUAGAAAGGUACACAUCAAAAUGUUAAAAGAAGGUAAUAGAAUGAUUUUUAUUUUAUUGUAUUUGCUCAUGUUAGACUUUUUUAAACCUUCUGCAAUGAAUAUAAAAUGAAGAACAUUUUUUAAAGGCACACAAAUAAGAAUAUAAGCAGAAGAAUAUUUUUAAAUUACAGCAGACUGUUCCCAACAAUCCUAGAAGCUUUAGCCUGAAUAUUAUAUAGUAGCAAAAGUACUGACUGAUUAAAAACAGUAGCACCUUAGAGCGGCUGCUAACCAAAGGGUCAACAGUUCAAAUCCGCCAGGCACUUCUUGGAAACCCUAUGGGGCAGUUCUACUCUGUCCUGUAGGGUCGCUAUGAGUCGGAAUCGACUCAACGGCACUGGGGUUUUUUGGAGCACCUUAGAACAAUGUCCUUUAAAUCCAGGAAUUUAAAAUGCCACUCUGGCUAGCUCUAAUGAAGCCAAAACAAAGUACAAAGGCUUGUAGUAAUAGCCCAUCCUCCUUAAAACAAUGUAGUUUUUCUUCUCUCACUCCCAUUCUCAUUUUAUUUAUUUAUUGGAAAAUAGGAGAGUUGAACAGGUAGAAAAAAUUAAAAACAAAGGCUGAGAAAUAAAGAAACCAUUACCUCUUUCUUAGAUGUUCUGCUUCCCCCUUCUCUAGAGUCAGCAGAAAAUAAAGAAGACUGUAGCAACAAGAAGCCAGAAAGGGCAGUAGAGUUUCACUAAGUAUACACGCCUGAUCCAGGAGCUUACAGAUAACACCCAAAACACAGCCAGCUGUGCUGUCAGGGAUUACGGUCAACCCAACCUAGGCAGAGAAAAGUCAGAUGAAUUACUUCUUCACCACGAGCCCUACCCUCCCUCAUCCUGCCCCAAUAAAAUGAAAACGUAUCAACUGAGGAGCUAACCUUGCAUCACUUCUAUAUAAAACUAUUACAUGCAGAAUGCAUCCCACCUACCGUAUCGUAAGGCCCUGUUUUCCUUAAUUUAAUCCCCAACUUUGAAAAGAUGCAAACUCAAGAAAUACUAUUAGCCUAAGCCACUGCCUUCUUCCAUGACAAAGUCUUCUAAGAUUUUACAGACGUCACAAUUUCUGUUUAUUGAUAGUCAGUGAUAACUUUAAAAAAUUAUUUCAUGCAGCCAAUAAAAAUCUUUAUACCAACAAUCACACUAACAGGAUUCUUGGACUACUCAGAUGAGAAAGCUCUGAUAUCUCACACCGCUGCCAUCCCAGGUCAUUAAAUGCACAAACCAGAGUUCCCAGCCCUUUGAUUUAGCUGUUCAUUCAGACAUGACUAAGUCAAGUACCUCUACUGGAGUCAGUAAGAUAUUACUAUAUUUAACACUUGACUGCUUCACUGCCAAAAAAAAAAAAAGAAGGCUAGGUAAGAGUCCUCACAGUAUGCUAAUGCACCUAGAGUCUACUGUAUGCACUGUCGCUAAGAUCAAGUCUACCUUAUGACUGUAUGUAGACAUGAUUUAAAUCUCCUGGAAACUACUGUUGAGAAAUCAUAAAAAAUUUGCAGCAUCUAAGGUCUUAACCUUCUCCAUCUGGCUGUCUGAAAAUAGUGGCCAAGACUUACUGGCAUGUCGACCUUUUACUAUUAUAAUGAAUGUAGAGAAAGGAGGGCAUAAAUCCCUGGAAUGGAGGUGAUAAAAAAAAAAAAAAAAAAAAGGGUAGGCAUCUU